UUUCAUCGUUGAAGGCCAGAUAAUAUUUCUUGCGUGAGAACUGCGCAACCGUGUACUGAUAGGUAAGAAAUAGACUUUAGAGUGCUGUAGAACCUCGAGUCUUCCACGUAGAGCCAUACGCCCAGGUAAAGCGCCGUCGUGGCGACGAAACCCUCGCGGAGGAUAUACUGGAGUCGGGCCGACGCGGUGCAGCGCCAUGGCGUCCGCCCUGCUUCUCGCGCGCCAGAGACUGCCGUCCGCCGCUCUCUCCCACCUUCCCGCGCUCGCCGCCCUUGUACCGCGCGUCCUGCACAGCUGCGAGCUCCUUGCAUCGCGGUCGCGCGCCUCGCACACGCAACCAGCGAGCCUCGCGGUAGACGCCUCACCCGGCGCGCCCGAUAACGCGUUGCCAUGCGGUGCUUCACCCGAGCGCCGAGACCCCGUCGCCGCAUCUGCAGGUCCCCCUAUCUCUCCUCCCCCGCGCCACUCCCUCUCCUCCUCCUUCUCCGCGCGCCUGGCCGCCCACCGCCUGGCGCGCAAGUAUCUCUCCCCAUCUGCGCGCACUCUGCCGUGUCCUCGCGUCACUCCGCCGCCUCUCGCCUUCUCCUGUCUGCCCAACCACCAGCCCUUGGCGUCCAGACCGCCCUCCCCCCGCCCCCCGCUUACCACUCAGACCCUCUUCCCCACUGCCCCCUUGCCCGCCGCCUUCCACGCCCUGCGCAACGCCUCGCAUCGCCUGCCGCUGACGCACAUCGCCCCGCGGCCGUCCUUCCGCCUGCCCACCGUGGCUUUCUCCGCGUCGGCGGCGGAACCGCCGGAGGAGGCGGGGGAGGCGGAGCUGGGGGAGGAGGAGGAGGCGGAGGCGGGCGAGCGCGAGGAGAUGGAGUACGACGUGGUGGUGGUGGGCGCGGGGCCCGCGGGGCUGGCGGCCGCCAUUCGGCUGAAGCAGGUGGACGAGGCGCUGAGCGUGUGCGUCGUCGAGAAGGGCGCGCAGGCAGGCGCGCACACGCUGUCCGGCAAUGUGUUCGAGCCGCGCGCGCUGGACGAGCUGCUGCCGCACUGGCGCGACGAGGGGGCGCCCAUCAGUGUGGCUGUGGCGAGGGACCGCUUUGUGUACCUUACCAAGUCGGCAGCCGUGCCUCUCCCACCGCCCUCCAGCAACCACGGCAACUAUGUCAUCAGUCUGAGCGAGUUGGUGCGGUGGAUGGCGGGCAGGGCGGAGGACAUGGGCGUGGAGAUCUACCCAGGCUUCGCUGCCAGCAAGGUCCUGUAUUCGUCCACGCACGGGUUCCACAACCAGCGCCGGGUGAGCGGCAUCGCCACCAACGACGUGGGCAUUGCCAAGGACGCCUCGCGCAAGCCCUCCUUCCAGCGCGGCAUGGCGCUCAAAGGGCGCCUUACCAUCCUUGCUGAGGGCUGCAGAGGGUCGCUUUCAGAGGAGGUGAUGGCGGCAUACUCGCUGCGGCUCAAGGCGGGUGCCCAGCACCAGACAUACGCCUUGGGGGUUAAGGAGGUGUGGGAGGUACCAGAGGCGCAGCAGCGGCCGGGCGAGGUGGUGCACAGCAUAGGGUACCCGCUGGACUCGCGCACAUAUGGGGGGGGGUUCCUCUACCACAUGGACCGAGGAAUGGUGGCGCUGGGGCUGGUGGUGGCGCUGGACUACCGCAACCCGUACCUGAGCCCGUACCAGGAGUUCCAGCGGUGGAAGCUGCAUCCAUCCAUCCGGCGAGUGCUGGAGGGGGGCAGAGUGGUGCAGUACGGUGCUCGCACCCUCAACGAGGGGGGGCUGCAGUCCAUCCCCGGGCUGGUGUUCCCAGGCGGUGCGCUAGUGGGGUGCGCUGCUGGCUUCCUCAACGUGCCCAAGAUCAAGGGCUCGCACACCGCCAUCAAGUCAGGGAUGGUGGCAGCGGAGGCAGCAGCAGCAGCGCUGGCAGCAGGCGGCAGCGGGCGCAGCGUGGAGGCAGACGCGGCGGUGGAUGCCCACAUGGCGGACACGUACCCGGCUGCCAUGCGCUCAUCGUGGCUGUGGGAGGAGCUGCACAGAGCACGCAACAUCCGACCCGGCUUCAAGCACGGCCUGGUGCCCGGCAUCAUCAACGCAGCCUUUGAAACGUACAUUUCUCGUGGUCGUUCCCCGUGGACUCUGGCGCACCAUGCAGAGAGGGACAACGAGACACUCACCAAGAUAUCGGACGCGAAGCCCAUUGACUACCCGAAGCCCGAUGGCACCAUAACCUUCGACAUCCCGACCUCGCUCUACAGGAGCAGCACGAACCACGAGCACGACCAGCCACCGCACCUGCGGCUGAGGGACCCUGCGGUGCCCACGACUGUGAACCUGCCGCUCUACGGUGGGCCCGAGGGCCGCUACUGCCCCGCUCGCGUCUAUGAGUAUGUGCAGGACGACAAGGGGGAGGCGUCUCUCAGCAUCAACGCACAGAACUGCCUGCACUGCAAGGCAUGUAUUGCACUGCAAGGCAUGUAUUGCACUGCAAGGCAUGUAUCGCACUGCAAGGCAUGUAUCGCACUGCAAGGCAUGUAUCGCACGGCAAGGCAUGUAUCGCACGGCAAGGCAUGUAUCGCACGGCAAGGCACGUAUCGCACUGCAAGGGAUGUAUCGCACUGCAAGGCAUGUAUAGCACAGCAAGGCAUGUAUAGCACAGCAAGGCAUGUAUAGCACAGCAAGGCAUGUAUAGCACAGCAAGGCAUGUAUAGCACAGCAAGGCAUGUAUCGAACUGCAAGGCAUGUAUCGCACUGCAAGGCAUGUAUCGCACAGCAAGGCAUGUAUCGCACUGCAAGGCAUGUAUCGCACUGCAAGGCAUGUAUCGCACUGCAAGGCAUGUAUCGCACUGCAAGGCAUGUAUCGCACUGCAAGGCAUGUAUCGCACUGCAAGGCAUGUAUCGCACGGCAAGGCAUGUAUCGCACUGCAAGGCAUGUAUCGCACUGCAAGGCAUGUAUCGCACGGCAAGGCAUGUAUUGCACGGCAAGGCAUGUAUCCCACUGCAACGCAUGUAUCGCACUGCAAGGCAUGUGCAAGGAAUGUAGCACAUUGUUUCCCCCUUGGCCAUGUACCCUUCCUUUCCCCCCUGUGUGCUCGCCUAACCUUCAAUCAUCAUUCUCCUCUGUGUGCCCUGCUUCCAGGCAUGCGAUAUCAAGGACCCGACUCAGAACAUUCAGUGGACUGUACCCGAGGGCGGGGGAGGACCCGGGUACACUGUGAUGUAGGGUGACUAGGAGAAAGGAAGGGCCAGAAGGACUCUGAAUAAGUGUUUCGAGAACUACUAGACAUUAGACUAGAUUUAAAGGAUAACGAGAAGAGUUGAACAUUGUACUUGAAAGAGUUUGUAAAACGGUGCAAGAGACUAAGUACAGAAUCUGCAGACACAAGUAGAAAAUAAUAC